AUGCUGAAUCAACAGAUGCACACUAUAGAUGAUGAUCAACCAGAUGAAUGGGAUCAAAGAAUAAUUAAUACAGGUUGUCAUCAAGAGAAUUUAAAUUUACAACUAUGUCAUGCUGAUAAUGGUGAUUGGAGAAAAUGUUUAAAAGAAAUGGAAGCAUUUAAGAAAUGUUGGGCAUUGAAUAAAAACGAUGAAAGAACAUAUACUGUAAAUAAUUAA